AUGAAUACAUACAAUAAUUCCCAGAUUUAUGACCAGGAAUUCCUACCUGUUUGAGAUGAUUCUGGUAUCCUUGAGUACUUAGAGGCGAUAUACUGUGUCUGCCUCCCAACCCAGAUCCCUGUUGAAACUCAGAUCUACUCAGACUUUAUAUAUUGGCCACUUGAAACAGGAUUUUACAUGCCAGAAAUAAGCGAUAGCUAUUGUGAUCAACUGCAAGACUAUUGACAAUGCCAAAUUGACCAAAGUAGUCAUCCCCCUCUUAAGACUGAGGCUCAAGCUCUGGACGAGAUGCUUCAAGUCGAGUUAACUCGUGAUGUGAAUAAACAUGAAGAGAAUGAAGAAGUCUCUAUUAUUGACAGGAAAGUCAGAAAGAGAAAAGCACGAUCAGAAAAACUAAAUAUCAGGCCAAGGCUUCUCUAUCUAAGAAAGCUCUUAUUGGAUAGCAAGGUCUCUGGGUUCACCAGAAAAGUAAAAAAGACUAGGUACACUACCGACAAGUACCUUGGGAGAAGGUCUCAAUAUAUUGGAGUCACUAAGAAUAACGUCCAUUGGCAAUCGCUGAUAAAUGUAAACCGCGUAAAGAAAUACAUUGGUACCUUCUUGAACGAGACAGAGGCUGCUAGAACUUACGAUCUAUAUGCAUUAGCAAUGCAAGGAAGCGAAUCAUGCCUAAACUUUGACUAUACACCUCAAGAGAUGCUCGAAGCAGUAGAGCAUUUCCUUGAACAUAAUCGCGUAAAAUUAGCAUAAUAACAAUUUUCCCAUCACUCUAAAUCUUCUUCUUUUACCUUUAAAGCAAAAAGAGAGG